AUGAAUCAAGUUGGUGAUUCAAGGGAAUAUUGUAAAAGGUUAGUUUAUAUCCCCGGUUAUGUACAAGGUAUCAUGGUCAAUCUAGUCAUUCGAGAUUGUAUCAUUGAAGAUGAUACAACUCUAAUAGUACCAUUGGCAAGUGUGAACAAGAGAUGGUUUGAUAUUGUCAAAGCGGUCCUCCAAUCACAAUCAACUGAUUUAAAAAAAAAUUUUGGUGUACCUGCUAAUCUAUCGUACGGACAGUCCUAUUCCCUAAAUUGGAGUCCCCAAUUCAUACACUGGGAAAUGACAUCAUUCUUAGCAUUACCUAUUAAAGAUACAAUCCCUAAUGAUCCAAUCCUUGAAAGAAAAUAUUCUUGUCAACAAUCAAUUGUUGGAAUUGCCAAUGAACAUCUCUGUAUUGAACACCCAUUCUAUAGGGAGACUACACCAGGGCUUUCCCCGACUGGAGAUAUCGUCCAAGUUCUGUUGGACACUGACAAAGUAUCACCAAAGUUGGAAAAUUUAAAGAGUCUCAAAUUUAGAUCAGUAUAUCCAAAAGACUCUGAUCAAUGUAUCAAACUAUUUCAACAAUGCCAAGCAGUGGAAUCAGUCGAGUUGAGUGAUAAUUUUGGACAUACAAGUCAUGGUUUUAUUUCAAGUCUUUCAUCAUUACCUCGUCUUUCCAAGCUGUCAAUGAAUAGAUUCGGAUUAUUCACAGAGACACUCCCAAAUACCAUUACAUCUAUAUCGGUUGAAUCAGCACGAUACGAUACUUUGUUGGAAGAUUUUAAAGAGUAUGUUUUGAAUGCCAAACAAUUGAAAUCAUUAGAGGUACUUGUUCUCGAUCGUGAAUGGACUUUUAUAGUUGGACAAUCUACACUUACAAAAUUGGGUUUGGAGAUUAGAGGCAACAUUCGACCAAUCUUUUCAUUGACACUAGAGUAUCUAAUGAUUGACUACUCUUUUGGAAAUGUUGAUCUACGUACACUUGAUUUGGAGAAAUUGCCUAGUCUAAGGAAAUUGGCUAUCAAGGGGAUCAGAGAUUGUUGCGACUAUUUGAUACACUUUAUAUAA